AUCAUGGAAUAAUCAUCAGUUCACGCCAACUCGAUUCUGGCUUUCUCUUAGGGGGGCUGUGAUCACUGGUUCCUCGACUGCAAUUUAAGACGCUGCGUUCUAAUAUCGUCGCCGUCUCCCUCUUGGCUUUUCCCCGCUUCUCUCUCUUUCUCUUGUCACGGCACCAAGAGCUCUCUGAUCGCUGAUCGCCAGACUUAGCCAUACCAUCGACGACAAUGAUGACGCGCCUGUUUCACUCGUGAUGCGCUUUUUUUUCUAAUUCUAUCAUCCCAAAGCUGCAAUGCGAACCCCUCAUGUUUUCUAUCUUGAACAAUCGUCCAUGAGACGCCAUGCCCUCGGAGAAGAGCAGCGCUGGCCAAGGAGCUGUGAACCACCAUGAAGCCGGUGGGAAAGAAAAAAAUACCAAUAACCGUCCUAAUCGCGAGAGGUCUAAUUCCACAACCGCGGGUCAAGCUAAGUGCUCGGUCUGCCAAAGUACCUUUAGGCGACCAGAGCAUCUAAAGCGCCAUUUUCGCAGCCACACCAAGGAGAAACCAUUCGAGUGUGCGCAGUGUGGCCGGAAUUUCUCGAGAACUGACACUUUACAUCGGCACGAACUAAGUCAUCACACUCUAGGGCCAGAAGGGGGAAAAGAUCGCACACAUCGGAUUACUGUCAAGACAUUCCGGGCUUGUUUCAAGUGUGCGGUAGCAAGAGUGCGAUGCAGUGGAGGCACACCAUGUGCACGUUGUGAUAAUCGGACCCUCGAGUGUGAAUAUCCAACUGAGAGACGCUCCAAGGUAAAGACGCGAAAAGAGCCAUAUGAAAAAGCCUCGCUAGAAACCGAAAACGAUCCACAUCUGCACGAGUCUCAGUCCCAUCCGACCCAGAAAGAUGGCGCUCCCCGUACACAAGUUGGGGCCGAGUCGCCUCCGCCGUUUAUUUAUCAUACGUCCCAAUUUCGGUUAGAAUUGAACGAGCCUAAUCAUUCAACAAACCUCGAUAGACAAAAUGUCUCCCCGGUCAAGUCGAAGGACACUCAUAUAGACCGAGGUGUUUCUCAGGUGGAUGAUACAAGCUCUCGGGCGUUUCUUUCCAGUGGAAACCAAGUCCCAUUUUCGUCUCAUAAUGUCAACACUCAGCAAAUAUACCCAGACAUACCAAAUCCCGGAAUUCGAAACACUCUGUCCACCGAUACAGCAGUAGCAACACCCGGGCUUGAUCAGGAGAUGCGGAGCAUUCAAUCAGGGAUUGUUGGGCGCAAUAUUGAUAUCGAAAUGGCAAGCGCAAACAGCCAACAGGCUCAUCUAGGAUUUGAUCAGCCAUUCUUCGAUCAAUCAAUGCUUUCCACAAUAAACUGGCUCCCCAAUGAUCUGUUCCCCGAUGCAAUGAAUGACCCAUCCAGACUCUCACAGCCCAGUUACUCAAGAAGUCGAAAUAGUUCUUUGGCUCAAAAUACAUGGCUUCCACCUAUCAUCAAUGCGGGACACGCUAGCCCGUCUCUACCAGAAGACGCCUCACAGCCUCCAGGAAGCAUAGCGCUAGGUGCAGAUUUGGAAAGUCCCAACCGAUUUAAUAAUGCUAUUGGAGAAGUAUCCUCUCAUCCAGAGACUGGCGAUGUCGCCAAGCGCCCUGCAGACUAUUAUGCAGAUGGCACUGGUGUCAGAUUUCCCAAGUAUCGAAGAAAGCACAGCUCUUGGUCAGAAUCUGCAGAUAUAACAAAUUUUUCACACCCGGGAACCGGUGAUACGAAUCCUCGAAUCCUGUUCCCUAUUGUUCAGGAAGUACACGUGGAUUCUGUUUCCGAGGAAGAGGCUACCCUCGAUCGUCAGAUUGAGUCUUCGAUAUACGACCAGAUACAUCACAAUUUCCUUACGCUGUGCUGCACAGAGAACUUCCUCUACCGAAAAUUUGACUCUGAAAACUUCCCUUCCGCAGACACAUUGUCCGGUUUCAUCCAUCUCUUUUUCGAUUCUUUCCAGUCGGCGUGUCCGCUAUUCCACUCUCCCACUUUCAAUCCCAACAGAUGCCACUGGUUAGUAACACUCGCAGUGUCAACCAUAGGCUGUCGUGCUGCGAAAAUCCCCGAAGCGGAGGAUUGCGCCAUGGCUUUUGAUGAGUUUUUACGGCGUGCUAUAAAUGUCGAGAAAGAGAAAUGUCGUUUAGACCGAACGCCUCUUUGGCUUCUCCAAGCAAUGCUACUCAGCUGCAUUGGACUACUUCACAAUAGUGACGAGCGAUCUAGGCUUUCCGCACUUAGCAGUUUUGGCGAUCUUAUUACUUUCACAACCCGAGAAAGGUUGUUGUCACCCUCCAGCAGGACAAAGCUCUUAUCGGACGAAUUAUCUCAGGAAAGGAAAUGGACAAUAUGGAUUGAGGGCGAAGUCAGAAGAAGAACUGGAUAUCUUAUAUGGCUCGUGGACUGUACGCUCGCAUAUCACCUUGAUACAAAACCUUUUCUCUCUCUUGAUGACAGCCAGGCUCCACUACCCUGCCACGAAAGCCUUUGGCAGGUAAAAUCUGCAGGAGCUUGGGAGCAACUCUUCGAUAAAUCCUCAGGAAUCGUUUCUCUCUACGAUGCCGUUCAUAUUAUGUACAUCGAAAAGAGACUUGUCCCUGGGAUAGCAGAAUUCAGCCACAUCCUGCUUAUACAUGCCCUCUAUCAUCGGAUGUGGGAAGUAGGCGACUACUUUCGUCGCCCUCUGUCUUUCUGGAAUCCUACCGCAAAAAAGCAGACUCGCAACGCUGCUAUUCCUUCUGGAUCAGUUUGGCUUCCUGGAAUCCCAUCGUAUUCCAAGUGGCGUAACAGUGCUUGUGAUUGCUUGGAUAUACUCCAUUGGACCGCCAACAGUACAAUAACCAAAGCCUCUGGGUUAGAGCACCCAACUGUCCUACAUCUUCAUGUCGCGCGUAUAGUUCUCCUCACACCUUUUCGCGAAAUACGGUCUCUGGCGACCUCACUGGCAAUGGAAAAGAUCCGCUGGGGUGAGCACCAGCAGACGAUUGAGUGGCAUUACAUUUUGCGCUGGAUCAAACAUGACCAGUACAAAGCCCGGUUGGCAAUAAUUCACGCAGGCACGACCUUGUGGCAUAUUCGUCGGUAUUCCAGAAACUCAUUCCACGAGCCAAUGGCUACAUUUCUUGCAAUUCUUACCCUAUGGACGUAUGGAAAGUGCAACAUUAGAACACCUCGGGAUUCCAACUUGAUUGCCGGUUCAAAGCCCGACCCCACAUUCAUUCAUCUCGACAGACCAUGUGAUGAUGAAUUAGUCCAGCUUUUUGUCCGCGAAGGUCAAACCAUGGUGGGAAAUCUUACAGGCGCUGGGGAUAUAUGUGCUCCUCAAGGCCCUGAGCGGGUUCUAAGAGUUGGUUGUGAGAUUCUCGAGAUUCUCUCGUCGUGGAGUAUAUCGAAGAAAUUUAUUGUGAUCCUGACAAGGCUCGCUGAGUUGAACCAAGCAUGACCUUGACGCAUGGAAGAAAUAAAAGGUAGACCUGGAAGGUCUUAUAUAAUGUAAUUAUGAUCUAAAAGACUACUAGUUUUGUUUCCUAUUUGAUGUACUUGAUAUCCUUGCUCUGUUUAUACUGUGGCUUUACAAGCCCGCAUGAUAUAUUUUGUGCUGUGUGUACACUUUUUAAUUAAAAAACAAAAUUUAGAUGAACAAACCAUCAAGAAACACAUACUUAUACUA